AUGCGCAAAUGGACUGUUGCACCAAGAGAGUACUUAUUGAAGCAUCUGAGCAAGAUAAGAAACGGGAACCGGAAUGAGAAGCUCUGUCUGAAGUUGUGGACUCUGCUGAAUCAAGUAAUAAUAAAGAAACUCUCUUUUCGGCGCAAUACACACCGGCUCAACGAGUUACUAGUGUGCUGUUGCCGUAAUUUUGCAUCCUGGGCUCGUUCCCUCCGCCUCUAUGUUGGUGGAAAAGGCAAAUCAGGGUGGAUUUUGGGUACUGAAAAGAGGCCAGAUAUUAAAGAUCCUAAAUAUGCUCAGUGGGAUAUGGACAAUUGCACCAUUUUAGGAUGGAUGUUUAAUUCUAUGGAGGAACGCAUUUAUAAUAUAUUCAUGUUUUAUGACUCUGUUAAUGACUUGUGGACUACUUUGAAUCAAAUGUAUGCUCAUUCUAGGAAUGAUGCUCGUAUUUUUGAAUUAUAUCAAGAUAUUGCUAAGGCCUCGCAGGAAGGCCUGAAUUUGUCUGUAACUGAUUGUUUUGGGUAUUUGAGAUCUCGUUGGGAGGAACUAGCUCAAUAUGAGCCUCUCAGUGAAUUUCCUUCUGAGGCAGCCUCUCUUCUUGUCAAACGUCUUGAUCGUCAGCAUACCUAUCAGUUUUUGAUGGGAUUACAUCCAGAAUUUGAACCACUAAAGUCUCAGAUCUUGAAUGCAUCACCAAUGCCAUCCCUGUUGGAAGCCUUUGCUACUGUUGAUGGUGAAGCACGUAGGCACCGUUUAAUUCAGCCCUCAAUUGUUCCUGUACCAAUGUCUGAGUCUGUUGGGGAUAGUAUGGCUUUUGCAGCCAACUUUGGAUCACGAGCUUCUGGAGGUCAGAUUAUUUGUCACCAUUGUGGAGGGGUUGGACAUGUUAAGGCUCGUUGCUUCAAACUUCAUCCUGAACUGAAGCAAAAAUUGUCUAGGAACCGUUUAUCUAGAACUGGUUUUUCUCGUACUGCGGCUGUUGCAGAAACUCCUGUUACUACUGGUGGAUCUACUGUAUUUCCUGGACUGAGCCAGCUUCAGUCUCAGAUUGGGCAGAUCCAGGACCAACUUAGCUCCCUUGCUUCUAGAGUUAGUGCUCCUUCAACUACUCCCACUGCAACUAUUGCUACAGUUUUUUCUUCUAAUGUCAUACCUGUUACCCAAUCUGUGUAUCUUGCGGAUGGCUCUACAUCUUACAUUCACAGUAAGGGUGAUGUUUGUCUGUCUCCUGAUAUUAUUCUUUCAUCUGUCCUUCAUGACCUUUGUUCGAAGAGGAUUUUUGGCAGGGGUUAUGAGCGUGAUAGGCUUUACUACUUUGGGGAACCACCAGGAACGAGUCUUCAAGCUUCUGCCCUACCUACUUAUAGUGUUUAUGAUGUUUCUUUUCGCACUUUUAGUCUGUGGCAUGCACGUUUGGGGCAUUUUCUUCAAAUGAUCAAAACCCAGUAUAACACUGUUGUCCGUAAUAUUCGUUCUGAUAAUGGACGAGAAUAUGUUUCAAAUGAGUUCUGGUCUGAACUUGAGAAAAAGGGGAUUUUACACCAACUCCCUGGCCCCUAUAUUCCUGAGCAAAAUGGCGUGGCUGAACGCAAAAACUGUCAUCUUAUGUCUGUGGUCCGAUGUCUUCUGAGUGGUAUGCAUGUGCCUAAAUUCUAUUGGCACAUGGCUGUUCUUACAGCUACUUUUCUGAUUAAUCGUACUCCCAGUCGAGUUUUGGGUGGUAAGGCACCACUUCAGAUUCUCCAUCCUGAUUAUACAUUGUUUCACCUUCUUCCUCGUGUUUUUUGCUGUACUUGUUUUGUUCAUAACCGUAGUCCUUCUCGUCAUAAACUUGAUGAUAAAUCUAUUAGGUGUAUUUUCUUGGGGUAUUCUGCUAUGUCAAAGGGCUAUCGUUUUUAUGAUCCUGUGACCAAACAUAUGUAUCAUUCUCUUUAUGUGACAUUUCAUGAAACUAUUCCUUUUUAUAGUACUAAUUCUGUGGUCUACUCUCUUCGCCAUCGCACUCAACCUCCCUUGCCAGAAUCAUCUUCAGAACCAGGUCUAGGUAACUCUCCUUCUCCUAUUGCUCCUACAAUUCCUGAGCAUACCUCCCGUUAUCCUACCCGUGAUCGUCAUCCUCCUAAUUGGUAUGGUUUUUCUAGUAGCACUAACCACCCUAUUUCCCAGUAUGUCUCCUAUGAUGGUCUUUCAGGUGCAUAUAAAUCCUUCCUGGGCAAGAUUGGGACUGUUUCUAUUCCUCGAUCUGUGUCAGAGGCCUUCCAGGAUCCCAAUUGGGUGUCUGCCAUGACAACAGAAAUGGAUGCUUUACACCAUAAUAAUACAUGGGAACUUGUUGCUUUACCUUCUGGGGAGAAAACGGUUGGCUGCAAAUGGGUCUUUAAUGUGAAGUACUUAGCCGAUGGUUCCAUUGAUCAGUAUAAGGCUCGGUUGGUGGCAAAAGGCUUUACUCAGAUUCCGGGCAAAGACUUUAGUGCUACCUUUGCUCCUGUGGCUAAGUUGACGUCUGUGCGACUGCUUGUCUCCUUGUCUGCUGCCCAUUCUUGGCUUUUGCAUCAGUUAGAUGUCAAGAAUGCAUUUUUUAAUGGAGACUUACUUGAGACUAUAUAUGGAUCCACCCCCUGGAUUUCGGGCUGA